AUGCAAAUGACCCUGCUUUUCCUCCUCUUUGCGGGCAUCUUGGUCCAAGAGAUGACUGUAAAGUCUUUGGUGUUGACAACCAUUCUUCAGACAACUGUAUCUAGUAGCUCCUCUGUUUCUUUAGUCUCUGAUACCACUAAGACCCCAAACCUCAAGUCAGCAAUCUCUGCCCUCAUAAAAACAAGGGUCACUGAGAAGAAUAAUAGCACUGGGCACCAGAUCUUCCCAUCUACUUCAACCCCUUAUACAGCCAAUGACGUUUCCUCUCCUGGGACUUCUAUUGCUGUCAGCAGUGGCCAAUCUGUCCCGGAUCCAGCAAACUCCCAGGAAAUUUCCACCAAGCAGUCAUCAGUCUUACAGCUUUUUAAAGCAACCAGUAACCCUGCCAUCUCAGUAAUGAAUUCUCAACAUAUGACUAGUGGAAUCAUGGCAACUAGCUCACUGGAGACCUCCAAGGGGACCAAUGGACCCUCUGUCCCCAUGGCAACCAGCUCUUUGGAGAGCUCCAUGGAGACCAGUGGACCCUCUGUCCUCAUGGCAACCAGCUCUUUGAAGACCUCAAUGGGGACCAGUGGACCCUCUGUCCCCAUGGCAACUAGCUCCCUGGAGACCUCCAAGGGGAUCAGUAACUCCCCUUCAUGCGGGGUAAAAAUACCCACUAUGACUACCCCAAAGUCCUCCCCAAAUUAAGAUCAUGGGACAAAUGGCACCCUGCUGGUGGCUCUGCUUGUGGCUCUGCUAAUGUUCAUUGUCCUCAUGGCACUACUCCUGCUGUGGCACCAGCGGCAGAAGCGGAGGACAGGGAUUCUGACACUAAGCAUUGGUGGAAAGCGCAAUGGGGUAGUAGAUGCCUGGGCUGGGCCAGCCCAAGUAUGUGAUGAAGAGACUCUGACAGUAACAGCAGGAGGGUCCAGGGGCAACAAGGGUUCUGGGACCUUUGAGGAGGAGGGGUCUGGCUGAAGGCCUACACUCACCACUUUCUUCAGUAGACGCAAGUCAUGCCAGGGCUCUUUGGCACUAGAGGAGCUAAAAGCUGGGUCAGCCCCCAACCUAAAGGGAGAGGAAGAGCCACUGGUGGGUGAUGAAUAUGGGCCUGUGGAGCCACCUGAUCCAGAUGGGCCUGUGGAGUUCCCCACUCCAGAUGAGCCAGCAGUGGGAGAUGUGGAGGCCCCUCAGUGCUUGUGAGAAACAAAACUGGAGGUCACUGUCACACCCAACUUCAUCACCUUCCCUCCCAGCACUUCUUCCAAGUUCAUCAUCACCCAGCAUCCUGGGAUUUUCACCCAGCAUUUCACUCUGAAUCUUCAUUCUUAACCCUGCAUCUUCCAGGAGCACUGGCACCCAGACCCUUGGCCAGGACCUAUGCCUGCUGAGAGCUGGUGGGCUGGAGGAGGAAGCCUGCCUCAUCACCCUCUGCUUCUCCCCACCACCUUUAUCUCCACAUUUUUGUCCUUGAAACU